GCGCGCUUUCUGCAGCCGUGGCGGGAGCGAAACUGAUGAUGCAGCCCAGCGAGUUCACGGGCGACGGGCGGUUGACUGGCCAGCCCGUGUUCAUCCGCUUGGUGAACCUCAACGCUCUCCAGGCCGACCAGGGCGACGCGUCGCAGCAGCGCGCCAAAGGCAAGGGCAAAGGCAAGGGCAGAGGUUGGACCGAGGGGGAAAAGCUCAAGUGCGAAGUGCACCUUUUUGGCGGCGACGGGAUGGGCGAGAUCGCGUUCGUGGAGGCCUUCGGCCCCGCGGCCAAGGAGCUGCGCAACAAAGCCACGAAAACCAAGACGGAGAAACUAUUGCUGCCGAUUUCCAACAUCAAGAUCAUCCGCAAGGUGAGCCAGUACACCACGUCGCGGCUGCCGUACUACGUCCAGAUCAAGACGGCCGCGGGCUCGAAAAGCGUCGUGGAGACAGUCCCCGCGGAGGGCGCGUGGGCUGCCGUUCCCGCGCGCCACCCUUUCCUGGACAUCGCGAGUAUCGCCAAGGUUCAAUCCGACGUCCAACACUGUGUCCUCGGCGUCGUCACGUGUCAGCCCGGGGCGAAGUGGCAGGAGACAAGAUACGACCCAGGGUGCGUUUGCAUCUCGAUCCUCCAGGCCGGCGAAAAAACAAUUAAGUGCUCCUUCUGGCGCCGCCACGCAACGGAACUUGUCAAGUGGACUGGAGGGACUGCCGUCGCGCUGUGCCAAGUGGUCGACAAGCGCGAGGUCGCCGCCAACGGCACUGCGUCCUGGGAGCUCCGCGCCACCGAGUCGACGCAGGUAGCCGAGUGCCCCGCCGAGCUGGCGCAGACCCUGCUGACGUCCGUUACGGACGGCGGCCCGGCGACUUCCCUCACAGCUGCGAUCGCGAAGGACUACAAAACUUGCGAGACCUCCACAGUGUCGCUGUCUGUGUUGACAACGGUCAUCGUGCCUGGCAACGCCCGGGACCUCGAUGGAGUGUACGAAGCUCAAAGCGUAGCGAUCAUGGGCGUGACCCCUGUCUUGCGCGACGAAGGCUUCGUCAUGCGCUGCUGCGCGACGUGCAAGAAGCAGGUUCCGGACGGCGACCACGCCAUUUGCGCCGAGCACGGCGAGGCGCCCAUCGAAAUGCGGUGGAUCUUCCACCUCGAGUUGACCGAUGGCACAGGCCGCUGCGCUGCCAUGCUGUACUACAAUGUGGCCAUGCAGAUUCCAGGCUUCCCGGAUCCUUUGACAGGCGCGGACGCGAGCUUCCAGAAGCUCCUGCAGGCGCUCCGCGCCGUCCCCUACUCCGUCCGCCUGAUCUACCGCAUCAACGCGCUGCGCGAGGUGAACAACCUCGAGGCCAAGCUGCUGUUGCCCACGCUCACAUCCGCUGGCGUCGUCGGCUCGUGGCGCCUGGACCCAACCCUUAUCGCCACCAGCAACACCGCGUGUCCUUUCGCGAAGUGCGCCUCCGUGACCUUUGACCCUGACCUGCGCUGCGCUGUCGUGGACGGCUCGACGGUCACCUCCGUCCGCGUCCUCGUCACCUUCCAGGACCCGGAAGAGGACGAGGAGACGACAGUGCCCGACACCGCGCAGGGCCUGCGCGUCACGCGGGUGGCCACGUGCGCCCUCGAGCCCGCGGGCCAGGAGGCACCAGCGAAAUUCCAGUUCACUGCUGGUGGCCUCUCCACCGCCGUGCAAUGGCUGGGUCGCGCCGAUGGGACGUUUUUCCUGAGUGCCAAAAAAUGCAACAACGACAACACUUUCGUUGUUCAGACGUACUAUAAGGUGACCCCGCCCGACACAGAAUUGUGGGCGCACUACAUGCAGAAAACGAUGGCGAUCCCGAAUGGCCCGCCGCUUAACUUCGGCCUCUCCAUUACGCCAUUGAAGCGCAAGAGCGCCCUUGACGAAGCGGCCACGGCCUCCGCGGCUGCGGACAUGACAGUCCGCAGCCGCGGCCUGCUCGAGGAGUGA